AUGGCACCCAGUCAGUCAAGGAUACUCUCACUUGAACAGAUUCGCGAGACGACCCUUGCCAAGCUCGGUCGUUUUCCCUGUCGGUGGCAAGCGCACGCGACACAAGUCAUCCUCGAACGCAAGAACGACCUCAUCACUAUUGCACCUACAGGUUCAGGGAAAACACUGACCUUUUGGAUGCCACUUCUCUUCCGUGCCGACGGUAUUCAAAUUGUCGUGACGCCGCUCAAUAUUCUCGGCACUCAGAAUGAGCAAGAAUUGGCAAAAUUCGGGGUGCGCGCGAUUGCUGUCAGGGCAGAGACAGCGACACCGAAGGUUUUUCGUGAGAUCCGCGAGGGCAAGUACCGUGCAAUCGUCGUCAGCCCGGAGGAGUUGAUGAAGGUAGGCGGGGGAUUCGAGGACCUGUGGAACGACGAAGGGUUCACCUCGCGAAUCAUGAGCAUUGUCUUCGAUGAGGCACACUGCAUAAGUACCUGGAAGUCAUUUCGACAAGACUACAAGAACAUCGACCGACUCCGUUACCUUUUGCCGCAUGUCCCGUUCGUCCUCGCCACAGCAACUCUGCCAGGCGAGAUGCAGCGUGAGAUCAUGAAGACGCUGCAGAUUCGCGCCGACCGCUCAUUCGCUCUCGGUUACGAGGACUUGGAUUUCCUCGUCUUGCCGAGGACAGAGCGUGCAGCCGGGGACUUAAUCCCAAAGUUCCUGGUCUUCUUCGAUAACAUCGACGAUUGCAUGUCCGAGCAGUUCCGCGAGGAUGAUCUCGCGGCCUUCAAUGCAUCAAAUCUAUAUGGCCUGUGUAGCACAGAUUCCUUCGGAAUGGGCGUGAACGUCGCGGACGUUCGCAUCGUCGUGCAGUGGCGGAUGCCGCGUGAUUUGAACACGUUGUGGCAGCGCUUUGGACGCGCCGCGCGUGACCUGACACUCAACGCAGUUGCAAUCCUCCUUGUCGAUGCCGCGCGCGUCGCGCAUCAAGAAGGACACACCAUCUCGCCAGCCGGACGCGACCUCAGGACGGCCCUCGACACCUUCCGCCGAGAGCGGACAAUCAACAAAUAUGGCCGGGCCUUACUCGACAACCUCGGCGCGAGCGUUGUUCUUCCGGACGACGCUAUCGACCGAUUGGUUGAGUGCGCGCAGGCUGGCAAAAUCAAAUCUCUAGACGACGUACAGCGCGAGGUAGGGAAGAAGUGGGGCAAGGCACGCGAGUAUGGAGAGGAAGUGGCAGCCAUAAUACGGCGCAUCUUCCCUCUAGACAAUCCUUUCGUGGUCGCUCCGCUCACUCCUCGGCCGCAACCCGUCAACGCAGCGCAUGUAGGCUCCUCGACCGCACCAAACCACAGCAGUGCUCUGGCUACUCCGACGCCGGCAAGACGAACUGUUCGGCAGUACAAGUGCAGCGCAUGCGGCGCAGCUGGCCAUAACAAGAACAACCGAUCGUGUCCUAAAUAUGCGAGCAAGGCUCAGCAAGAGAAUGCCCCGCCGACGGCUGCGACGGCAGGCAAUGCUGAUGAGGGCCCGGCCUCAGACACAGACGAGCAAGAAGUGCAACCACGACGAUCUCCACUUCCAGCGCCUUCGACUGUGUUGGACACUCUGUUCACGACUCCAUCUUAUCGACGUAAUGCUCGGGUGGCAACACUCGAGCAGAUCCGUGCAGAGCAACAUAACCUUCAGUCGCCUCAGCAACAGGACACAGUGUCCACUCCAGGGAGGCGGGGCUGGUCACGGAACCUGGCGUGAAUGGUUCAUCCGCGGAGGCGUUGAUGAUGCCGGUGCCGCCGUCUCGCUUUUACGGGAGUCCUGCGAGACUCAGAUAAGUAUUCCAUCUCGUCAACAUGCUCAGCUGCCAUAUCUACGCCGUCCUCGGGCGGUCCAGCACUGUCGGCCUCAUCACCGUCACUGCUCGUGCUCCCAAGCAUGAGCCCAAUUCCCUUACUCAGCAUAUCUCGAAUACAAUGCGCUGACUUCCGUCCCUCACGUCGCUCGUGCGGCCUCGUUUCAUCCAUGUUUUGAGUAGAGCAUUAAAUGUUAUUUUGAGGUUCUUCUUUCCA